AUAUCCGUGCGAUUCAGCACGAAAAUUUCAAAUAUCACGAAAUUUGCCAACAAUAGGAAAUUUUAAUGUAAUUCCUCGGAAACAUUUUAAAACACUUCGAACCUUUCGAAGAUGCGCGCGUACAUAAUUAUUUUUCUUGCACUUAUUGCCACCGUGGCUUAUGGUCGCGACACAGCAGGAGAUGGUGUAAUAGGCUCUAAAAAUAUCCUACGUCUAAGCCUAAAAAAUCCUGGUGAUGUGUAUUUAGUUGCUAAUUUCUUAGCUUGCGUCAAUGCAUAUUCAUGCAUGGAAAAAGCAGUGUCAUUGGAAUUAGAAUCACCCUUGGGAUUCCUUUCUCAGACUCUAUUUAUUUACCAAUAUGACAACUGUCUUCUAUUCUUCAAUCGUGCAACUGGCAAAUUGCUGUUUACGGUUCCAAAGGAAACAAUGCAAGAAGUCUUACUACUUGUAAAUGUAUCAGCGGAUCUAAACCGAAUGCCUCUUGAAGUAGCUUUUAAUGCCUUUUUGGGAAUCAACAAUACUAAAGCAUCGAAAAGUUGUGUCCAAUUUUUCAACUACCUUGGAAAUAUUCUAGCCGAAUUGCUCGGAGUCGGAUGUAAACCAACAGCUGCAUUGAACCUCUUAGGUUUAAUGAAUUUCGCUACUACUUUUCCACCUGAUUUGGUCGUUUUUCAGUCAUACAGUGUUAUGAACAGCCUCUUAAUAGAAUCACCAAUUGAACUAGCUACAGUCAUUGCCAGUUGCUCUAUCGUCACAGAUGCUGCUGCAUUCCACGAUAAACGCUUCCUGUUCCAAGAUAUUAUAUUCCCGGGUACUACUCUUGGAGGUCAUAAAGUUGGCAAUGUCCUUGGUAACAAAGACAGCCUUGUUGUUGUAGUUGACGUACUGAGACAUGUACUUUCACUUUUACCUCAUGAAGAUGCUUAUGAAUUUUUCGUUCAACUUUUAUUGUCUACUACCAUUGAUGCUAAACCUGAAAAAUUAUAUGAAACAUUCUUCGAAAUGGUCGAAGAAAGUAGUUAUACGUCCUAUCAUAUGAAUCAUACAGUAACACAUGAGGGUUAAUGAAAAUAAUAAGAAAUGUCUUGAAAGAUAGAGAUGUUUUUGAUGAACGAUGGCUGUAUUUAUUUUCCAAAUAUAUAGGGAUUUCGAAACAAAA